ACAGACAGCUUGAUGCAGCUUUUCACCUUGUGCUACCUACUGCAGAGCUGGAGAAGGAGAGCUCAAUUCUUUGCAGAGAGGGCUACCUAUCGACGCAAAUAUUUGAAAAGGAGGAGAGCGCGUAUAUCAUCCACUGUUGUUAUUUCUUUAAUAACAAUGAACUGUACACCAAGCCGAAGAAUGUGGAUGAGAGAUCGCAGACAUGGGGAAGCAUUCAUGCAGACUAUUCUAGCAUAUCAGGAGGAGCAGUGGAUGUCAAACUUCAGGAUGUCUCGCGCUACAUUCGAGUAUGUUUUGGAACUACUGUCCCCCGCAAUAACCAUGCAGACCACCAGGUUCCGUAAGCCCAUUGAGCCAGCCAGGAGGUUAGCGAUUGCUCUCUGGUGGUAUGCUACCCCUGGAGAGUAUCGCACAGUUUCCAGUUUAUUUGGAGUAGGGAUUGGCACGGUCUGCAAGAUUGUCUACCAGGUCACGCGGGCAUUGCUGGAUACCAUGUACCAUCGCUUUAUUUCCUUGCCACAAGGACAGCGGCUAGAUGAGACUAUAAAAGGGUUUAAGAAGCGUGGCUACCCACAGUGUGCUGGUGCCAUAGAUGGGACCCACAUCCCCAUCAUCGCCCCCCAUGACAACCCAGCAGACUAUUACAAUCGUAAGGGUUGGCAUUCCAUUGUUCUGCAAGCUGUAGUGGACCACAAAUACUGUUUCACAGAUGUCUUCAUAGGGUGGCCCGGACGGUCACAUGAUGCAAGGGUUCUCGCCAACUCCGAUCUUUACAGUAUUGCUGAGGACAAGCUUGGUGGAUGGCUUUUCCCUCGAGAGAAAUCGGUGAUCGUACAUGGUGUGGACAUCCCGGUCCAUCUCAUUGGUGAUGCAGCAUACCCAUUACAGCGCUGGCUAAUGAAGGGCUACACCCAGCAUGUUCACUUAUCCCCCGAACAGACAUCAUAUACCCAUGCCCUAAGUUCGGCCCGUAUGGCAGUGGAGAAUGCGUUUGGGCGUUUAAAAGGACGCUGGCGCUGCCUCAUGAAGAGGAAUGAUGUGGACUUGAAAAUAAUGCCAGAUAUAGUAGCGGCCUGCUGCAUUCUCCAUAACAUAUGUGAGAUACAAAAGGAAAACUUUCUCCCCGAGUGGAAUGUACAUGAUCAUGGGGCGGGGGUCACUGUACAUGAUGCACCAGGCUUGGUGGGGGGGCAUGACGCUGCCAGCGAGUGCAUAAGGGCCACCAUUGCAGCUAAUCUUCAAACAAUGUUGCAGUAGAGAAAACAGACAAGUUUUUGUGUGCAAACAAUUUUUGUUUAUUUCGUUUUUUCAGUUAUAAAAAUUUGGUUCAAAAGUUAUUAUAUUUUUCCUUUUAAACAGUUGGCACACAUUUUCUGAGGUAACAAUAUAAAAUAUUUAAGUGCAAACAUGUCACUGUAAAAUUCCACAUAACGCAAGGGGUCUUCAACAUG